AUGUAUUUACAGCGUUCAAAACUUCUCGAUAAAGAAUUGACAAAAGUUACAUUUGACACAUUUAUUACUUGGAAAAAGAAGAAAAUGAAAGAAAAGAGACAACAACAAUUGCAAAGUGAACGUGAAAAACUUGCGAGUUUCAAAAGUGGAAAACAGACUGGACUUUCUGGCAAAGAUUUGUUUACAUUCAAUCCAGAUUUCAUUGCUGAAAUUGAAGAAAAUUUGGGCCGUGAGGAAAGUGCAGAUGAUGGAAGUGUUGCUCAGUAUGAACGUGAACCAAGCGAGGAUGGAGAGAUUGAUCAAAUUAAAGCGUUCGAAAUUGGUGAUAAUACUUUUCAAGCAGUAGAUGCUUUUGGACAUAUUAUUGAAAUGGAUGAUGAAAAAGAUGAAAGUGGACCUUCUAAAGUUAUUGUUUUUGACAAGGAACUAUUUAAUGAUGAACAAUUGCCGUGUAGUGAUUCUUCUGAUGAUGAGGAAGAAGAUACUAAAAGGAAUGGAACAAAUAAAAAUGAUGAAGAACAGAUUUUAAGUGAAAGGCUCAAUAAAAUUUAAAUUUUAUAUUUAUGUUUUUUGUGUUUAAAAUGUUGACCUUUUUGUCUUUUCUAUUAUGCAAUAGUUGCUAUCUAGCAAUAUAUUUAAUUAUUUUUUAUUUUGUUAUUUAUAAAUUACAACGUGGCUUUUUAAAAAUGAAGUCCACUUUGUUUUUAUAAUUUGUAAACAUUGUGCGACAACUUUUUAAGUUUGGGGUUUUCACAAGUUGGUUGCCAAGAGAUAAUGACUCGGACCAAAAGGUUAAGUUUGGCCUAGGAUAUUCGACCCGUAAAAGACUCGUUCCAUUAAAAGCAAGCCCGGAAGAAUGCCUCGACUGUCUUCCCAACUCGAAAACUGCAACCCUACCCAUAAUAAAAUGAACCAGUUUUACGAUUAGCAUCGAAGGACUCUUAGUUUCCAACUUAAUGUUUGCCAAUUCGCGAUCAAUUCUUUAGUAGAUUGUUUUAUUUAGUUGGUUGGGGUUUUAUCUUUGAGAAGUUUCAUCUCAAUGAUUCAUUUUCUUUAGCCCAGAUUAUUUUUAUUGGUAGCGAAUUUUAUUCUUGUUCGUUAAUUCCUUCAGAGGACUAAAUCUGAUUUAGUGUGUCAGAUUUAGUCAGAGGACUAAAUCUGACACAAGUUUCCAGGGUUUUCGAAAUAACCAAUAUAAUCGAUUUAAAUUACACGUUUCCGAUUUGUUUUACCCUCUCCCCUACUAUUUAACUUUCCAUCCGAUUUUACACGCUAGUAUAUUGAUUAACUUG